CCAAUUUUGACUCCUCUUUAAUCUUUUCAUUUCUUCUCUAUAAAACCCCUUAAACUCUGUAUUUCUUCUUCCAACUCGAUUCAAAGUUUUUUUUUUUUUUUUAAACAUUUUAUUUAACUGAUGGCUUCUUUUCCCACUUCUUCAUCACCACCGCCUAUCACGACCGUUCAUCCUGACAUCAUCCAAACCAACAUCUUCACACGCCUCGACGGCCCGACGCUCGCUACAGCCGCCUGUGCUUCUUCUGAGUUUUAUUUUCUCGCCACCGAAGAUAAAUUAUGGCGAAAGAUUUGUGACUCCACUUGGCCGUCCAUCAACGACCCACGUGUUGGACGCGCCAUCUCAACCUUCCCCGCCGGUUACCGUUCGUUCUUUUCUGAUUCAUUUCCGGUUCUUGAUCAUCAACAAUCUUUGAAGCACAGUCUUGAUUUUUCUUCAAUUACAACGACUGAGUUAAUCUCUUGUGUUGAUAUUUACUAUAAAAACUCCCUCAUCAUAUCUAAAACUCAAAAAACUGAGACGGUAACUGGGUGGUUCUUGUGUUCGCCGUUUCGGGUCGAUUUGUUUGACCUGAAAGAAACCGUUUUGACGCCGAUAGUACACGGUGGCGAGGGUGACGCGUGGCUGAAUGAUAUUGAGGAGAACUUGAGGUUGAGUUGGAUAUUAAUUAACCCGGAACAGAAACGGGCGGUGAAUAUAUCAAGCAGGAGAGCGGUUUCAGUGGAGCGGCACUGGUUGACGGACGAAAUACAAGCGAGAUUCGCGACGAUCGUGGCGGGAGAUGAACGGCCGGAGACUGAGUUUGUGAAAUGUGAAGUGGUGGUGAAGUGUGGGGGAAAAGAGAGAGGCGAUGUGCAGGUAAGGGAAGUGAAUUUGCAAGUGGAGGACAUGGAGGGAAGGUGUUUGAGUGGCAGGGAUAGUUUGGUAAUUUUGGAGGAGGCCAUGGAGAAUGGGAAGAGAAAGAAAGGGAAUGGAAAGGAAAGGAAAGAGAAAUACCAAGAAUUUGUGGAGAAAAAACGAGAGAAAGGAGAAAGGAAGAAAAGGAGAGAAAGGUCAUUAGACAUGGCUUGUAUCGUCACGGGAGCAAGUGUUUUUUUGGCGAUAUGGUGCUUGGUUUUAUUUAGGUAAAUUGGAAGGGAAGAUUUAGGAUUGGAUAUUAAUUUGAUCAUUUAUUUAUUUUGUUAAUGUAAAUAUAAUGAGCAAGAAAUAACUGGUAUAAAAACUGGAGCCAGAGAGAAAGAAAUACAUUUAAAUAAAAUAAAGCCUUAUUAUUGUGGUCUA